AUGGAAACAAUAAAGUGUAUUGAUAAAGACCGUUAUAAAAGAAAUAGAAAUUAUCAAUCAGCAUUAAUGGCAUUUUAUAUAGGAUUAAUGAAUAAACAUGGAUCUGUUGAAGUAAUGAAACAAGCUGGAAGAACUUUAGUUGCACUACCAUUUCUUCAAGUUGUUCGUAUUCAAUUGUCAGAAGAAGAUACAGUAGAUUAUCAUGAAUUUAUUGAAAGAAGAAUUAAAGAAAUAGUUACAUUUGAAGUAUCAACGAAUGUUCCUUUAAAAGUAGCAUUAUUAAGAGCAAAGAAAAAUAGAAUUAUUGAAUCAUUAAAUUUAAUGCAAGAUUUAUUGAUAGAAUAUGGAUAUUAUUUUAAAGAAAAAAAGUCAAAUAGAAAGGUUCCAAAAGUUAGAAUAGAUAUGUCUCAAAUUGUUUUUUACCAUCAAAAAGUUUUUGGUUCUAAAGAUAUAUUAAGAAUUGGAGAAAAAAUUUGUAAAUUAGUUCUUCAGAAAAUUGGUACAAAAUAUUCAGUUAUUUUCCCAAUGAAUGAUUUAUCAAUUCAAUCAAUUUUUAUGUGA